AUUGGCAUAUGAAGGCAAAAUAUAGGAACGGGAGGGGGUGUUUAUUGCUGUGGACGGUUUUGAUUUUUUAUUGUGCAUUGCAGGUGGGACUGGGGGAGAAUUGAGGGAGGAGGCUCUGGACGUCUCUGAAGGAGUCAUCCCGGCACAGCAGGACAGGCUUACGGAGCCACCACUCGAGCUCAACGCCAGUGGUGACUUUGCGGAUGAGGAGGAUGAUCCCUUAGAGGGCACAUCGGCGGGACCGAGAACGGCGAGUCAGGCACCGGUAGCAGGAGGUGGAACAGAUCGAGGGGCUAUGCAGCCGGCCAGGACGGCGUCUGCAAGAGGAGGCAGGAGGUCUAGGUCACCGCGAAGGAGGACAAGAGGAGGCGGGUCAUCGGCUUCGCCUACUUGGGCAAGAUUGGAUAGAAGUCGGGACCGGGGCAGAUACGGCAGGGGGAGAUCCCCUGCCAGGAGAGAAACGGUUCGGAGGAGACUGGACGUGAGCAGAGGAAGGGAGGAAGAUAACAGUGGCCGAGGCCGCAGGGACGAGGCAAGGCCAGUUCGAGAGGAGCGCGCAGAAGCUAGAUCGGUACGGGAGGAACAUACAGAAGCAAGACCAGUACGAGUGGAACGCGCAGGAACGGUGCAGCAGCCAGCAGGUGAGAUGGCUGGUGGGGCACCGGGUGUGAAUGGGGCUGCGUCUGGUGAGAGGGAAAUGCUGGUGUCAGGUUUAAAAGCUUUAAUUGCUUCUUUGGAGAACCCGGGUGGGAGUACCUUGGUUGCGGCGGCGUGGGCAACGCCAGGAGUUACCCCAGCUGUUGCGGGGUCGCCGGUACCGGCGGCAAGCACGGGAAGUACAGCGAGCAGUGUAGGAGAGGUGGUCCGGGUACCGGAAGGGGCUAUGCGGAGACCAUGUCUCUGUUCAAUUGGCCCUUUAGGGAUUCACUUAACCAAUGAUUUGAGGGACAAGAUUGGGAAACGGGAAUAUAUAGAGAUUUUCUCACUGUUACCUUUGGAGCACGUUCUGGAGGUAAAGGAGGAUGAGAAGGAAACAGGGAAAAAGGAGGAGGAGGAGCGCAAAAAACGUUGGCGCAAAUUACCAAAGACUUUUAGUAAUUGGUCGCGUGCAUUCGGCAUCUUGGCUAGUGUCACAUGCGAGAAGUUCCCGGAUCAAGGGUCUUCGUUGUUCUGUUAUUACGACGAGAUUUCUAGCGCGUAUAGGACAUACGGGGGAAUGGCGUGGUGGCGGUACGACGAGGGCUUUAGGCAAAGGUUGGCGGUGCGGCCAGAGAUGCGGUGGGACGACAGAGAUAUGAGCAUUUGGCUAGAGAUUAUGACUCCCUUAAGGGGUAGUCAUUCCUUUCGGGGUUACGGGCAAACGUCGGGCAGCGGAAGCUCCGGGGGGACUGGAUCAGCCCUUAGAAAAGGGGUAUGCUUCCAGUUCAACGAUGGGCAGUGUAAGUUCGGGGCCUCAUGCAAAUACAAGCACAAGUGUUCUGGGUGUGGGGAUGUACACCCCUUCACGAAAUGCUUCAAGAAAGGGAAACAAGCGACCCGGUCAGGAGACGUGGGUUCAACGGGCACUGACGCCAGUGAGGGUCGAAAAGAUGGCCCCAUGGUUAGAGGCUUACGCCAGUAAGCGCGGACGCGCUGAGGAUGCUGAGCUGCUACUUACGGGUUUUAGCUCGGGUUUUAUGAUUCCGUAUAAAGAUGAGCGAAUGGAGGGUAUUCCAGGGAAUUUGAAGUCAGCCAGGGAAUACCCGGGGGUCCUAAGAGAGAAAAUUGAAAAGGAGGUUCGAUUGGGUAGAAUGGCGGGUCCGUUUGUGGAACCCCCAUUCAUGAACCUCAGGGUAUCACCACUGGGGGUUGUCCCCAAGAAGGCCCCGGGUCAAUAUCGCAUGAUCCACCACCUGUCUUACCCUAAAGGAUUGUCGGUCAAUGACGGCAUCGAUCCGGAAUUGGUGGCGGUGAAAUAUGCAUCAUUCGAAAAGGCUGUGGGCUUAGUGAGAACGGCGGGCCUUGGGGCUUUAAUGGCAAAAGCUGAUGUUGAAUCGGCUUUUCGCUUGCUCCCGGUCCAUCCAAGGUGUCACCAUCUUUUGGGAUGCGAAAUGGAUGGAUCUUUUUUCGUUGAUUUGUGCCUCCCGAUGGGAUGUUCAAUUUCAUGUUCCUAUUUUGAGCGGUUCAGUUCCUUUGUUGAGUGGGUGGUGAAACAGACGGCGGGGAUUUCGUCUAUGGUACAUUAUCUGGACGAUUUCCUGUUUGUUGGGCCGGCUGGCUCGGCGAUAUGUGACCGUCUGGUCCGGGCUUUCGGACAGGUGACCGAGGAAUUUGGUAUCCCGGUGGCCGCUGAUAAAUCCGAGGGCCCCACAACGUCAUUGAGUUUUUUGGGAAUCCAAUUGGAUUCCAUUAAGAUGGAGUGCAGGUUACCAGAGGACAAGGUAGCUGACCUCAAAUCGGUGAUUGGCAGGAUGCUGGCGAGAAAGAAAGCUACCCUCAGGGAUAUACAAUCGUUGUUGGGAAAGCUGAACUUUGCAUGCAGGAUAAUUCCCAUUGGCCGAAUAUUCUGCAGACGUAUGUCAUUGCUGACAACUGGAGUUUCUGACCCAAGACACCAUGUCAGGUUGUCGGUGGAGGUCAAAGAGGACUUGAAGGUCUGGCGGACCUUCUUGGAGGAUUUCAAUGGGCAAGUGAUCAUGCAGGAAAUAGGCUGGUCAGACGACCAGUUGUGUUUAUUUACAGACGCUGCAGGAGCCCACGGUUUUGGGGCCUAUUUGAACGGCCAGUGGUGUGCGGGUAGAUGGCCCGAAGUGUGGACUGAGUGGGGUUUGACUAAGAACCUGACUUUCUUGGAAUUAUUCCCGUUGGUUGUGGCAUUAAAGAUUUGGCCGGAGCAGCUGGGCAACAAAAGGGUUUGUUUCCAUUCUGACAAUCAGGGAGUGGUAUGGGCAAUCAACCGUUUAACGGCGAAUUCGCCGGCGGUGAUACGGCUCCUAAGGGUGUUUGUAUUGGAGUGCCUGAGAUGCAACAUAUCUUUCAGAGCAGUGCAUGUCCCGGGUCGAUUUAACGUUAUUGCUGACGCUUUGUCACGAUUUCAGUGGGACAGGUUCCGAGAAGUGGCCCCGGGAGCGGAACGGGAUGGAGUAGCAUGUCCCGAGGAUCUGUGGUACCUGGGUUGCCAGGAAUGUUGAGAUUAAUCAAAAGGGCUUUGGCUCCUAACACAUGGAGGGCUUACGCCCGAGUGUGGAAAUUGUGGGAGCGGGUGCUACAGGAGGAGCAGUAUCAGGAAUGCAGGAGGAGUAAUUUCUUGUUGUGGAUGAGCUGGGUAGGUUCGUGGGAGAGGGAAGGGCUAUCGCCCUCUGAAGUGCGAAAGAGGAUGGCAGCAAUGGCAUUCCUUUUUCGUUUGCUGGGUAGGGAGGACCUUACAAAAAAUUUUGUGACUCGGAUGGCAGUCAGAGGGAUGUGUAAGAAGCGAUUCCGGUCGGAUGGUCGGAGGCCAGUUACUUUUGCGAUUCUGCAGGGGUUGGUGGCGGAGCUAAAUAGGGUUUGUUUAUCAAAGUAUGAAGAACUGUUGUUCAGGGCCGCUUUCGUCCUGGCUUUCUUUGGAGCAUUCAGGGUGUCGGAGCUGGUGGGAAAAAACAGGUGGGACGUGAGCGGAAUGAGUAGGCAGGAUGUUGUGGUGACAGAAGGGAUGGUCGAGUUAUGGGUUCGGAGGUCUAAAACGGACCAAGAGGGUAGAGGAUCGGUAGUGGUGCUGCGGGCAAUCGGCGGGGAAUGUUGUCCGGUAAGGGCCGUGAGGGAAUAUCUUCAGAUGGCCGGUUCUGGGGCAGGCCCGAUGUUGGUUCAUGCGAACGGAAUGCCAUUGUCGCGUUUUCAGUUUGUGGCAGUAAUGCGGAAGGUGUUGGGAUUAAUGGGAAUUGUGGGCCUGGAGUUUGGUUCUCAUUCUUUCAGGAUAGGCGCGGCGACGGAGGCGGCCAAUUUGGGGUUAGAGGCUUCAGUGAUUAGGAGGAUCGGGAGAUGGAGAUCAGAGCGAUUCCGGGGGUAUGUGAGACCGGGUUUGGUGCCCCGAAUCGGGGGGAACUGAUAACGUUUUAAUUUUUUGACAGAGCCGGGGAAGUGUUGGAUUGUAGGACAUUCCUACAUAUACUGGGCGAGGAAGGCAGCAGCAGUGAAGCUGGAUGGGACCCAGUUGGGCUUUGGAAGGGACCGGCUUAUCAUCAGAUGGUUUGGGAUCAGGGGCAUGAAAUGGUCACAAGUAGUAGGCACGGUGGUGGAACAUGCCAAGCUUUUCUCCCCCCCGAAGGUAUUGGUGGUGCACUCAGGUGGAAACGAUUUGGGAUGUAUGCCACAGAAAGGCAUUAAUUGAGGACAUAAAAAGAAGUUUUGAUAGAUUGUGUCAGCUGUUUCCGGGUAUGGUCCUAGUAUGGUCCGAGAUUGAGAGUAGAGUAGUAUGGAGAUCGGCGUGGGAUGCAAACAAACUGGAGGCUUCCAGACGAAAGGUCAAUAGAACCGUAUCUGGGUAUGUAAAGGGGCUGGGGGGUGUUGGCUUACGCCAUGUAGAGUUUGAAGGGGAAUCGGGGAAAUGUUUUUACUUGAAGGACGGAGUGCAUCUCAACGAAGUCGGACUACAUUUAUUUAAUUUUAAUCUUCGGGAGGGGAUAGAAAAGGCCUUAGCUUUGGUUGGCGGUACUCGCUAGGGAGCGAGUUGUGGCGGAAGUGCUUGCUAGUUUCUGUUGAGGCUUACGCCUAAUGGAGCAUGGUGGUAGUUAUGUUGGGGUAAGCAAAGGAAUGUGAGGAACGCCCAGCCCUGGAAGGGGUGGGGGCUUAGGAGAAAAUAAAAGCAAGCACUGAGGUGGAUUGUAAAUAUUGUUGAAAAGUUAAAUAAAGAUGUUAAUUUAUUGGUUUGUUUAAUAAAUAAGCUGCGGCCUUUUCUCUCCCAA